CCGAGGGCGGGCAGGGCGCACUCCGGCCCCGGUCCCGUCGCCGCGCUCCGCGCUCGGCCCCGCCGCCGCACUACCAUGUUUGACGGCUGCCUCCUGCCCCUCGUCGUGCCUUGCCUGCUGCUCUGCGGACUGGACRCCGGCACAGCUGGCGGAGCGGAGCUGGAAGUGGUGAUCCCGGAGCGAGUGCCGCUGGAGAAGAUCCACCUGCUGCCGCCCGGAGGGGAUCGCGGCGGCCCCCGGCGCCGGCGGGCAGCGGCGGAGCGGGAGCCGCAGGAGGAGGAGGAGGAGGAGGAGGAGGCUGUGCUGCUCCGCCUGCCCGCCGCCGGCGCCGAGCUGUACCUGCACCUCCGCCGCGACCUGCGCUUCCUGGGCCGGGGCUUCACCGUGGAGCGGCGGCGCGGGGAGGCGCGGCGGCCCCCGCGGGAGCGGCUCUGCUUCUACUCGGGACACGCUCUGAACCGCAGCGACUCCUUCGCCUCUCUCAGCACCUGCGCCGGGCUGGUUGGCUACAUCCAGCUGGGAUCAGAGCAGCUGCUGAUCCAACCCGUGAAUGCAUCUGAGACCUCGUUCAGUGGGAAGGAGCAUUUCAUCAGGCGGAGACGAUCCACCAAAGCCAGCCAUCCCACCAAGCCCCAGGGCCCUGAGGAGCACUGCAAGGUGGUUUCAGAAAAGAAGAGACAAAAGAAACUCAAGUCCACCAGUGAGUGGCGGGAGAGGAGGAACGCGAUUCGCCUCACCAACGAGUACACGGUGGAGACGCUGGUGGUGGCAGAUGCUGACAUGGUCCAGUACCACGGAGCAGAGGCUGCCCAGAGGUUCAUCCUCACAGUUAUGAAUAUGGUGUACAACAUGUUCCAACACCAAAGCCUUGGAAUUAAAGUCAACAUUCGAGUGACUAAACUAGUCCUGCUCCACAGUCGUCCUGCAAAGUUGUCCAUCGGGCAUCAUGGAGAGAGAUCUCUGGAGAGCUUCUGUCAGUGGCAAAAUGAAGAAUAUGGUGGGGCAAAAUACCUUGGCAACAACCAGGUUCCUGGUGCCAGGGAUGACACCCCUCCUGUGGAUGCUGCUGUUUUUGUGACCAGGACAGAUUUCUGCGUGCACAAAGACGAGCCUUGUGACACUGUGGGAAUUGCUUACCUGGGAGGUGUCUGCAGUGCCAAGAGAAAGUGUGUUCUUGCUGAAGACAACGGUCUCAAUUUGGCAUUCACAAUUGCACAUGAACUUGGGCACAACAUGGGAAUGAGCCACGAUGACGAUCACCAGCCGUGUGCAGGGAGGUCUCACAUUAUGUCUGGAGAAUGGGUGAAGGGCAGGAACCCAAGCGACCUUUCCUGGUCUUCGUGCAGCCGAGACGACCUUGAAAACUUCCUAAAGUCCAAGCUGAGCUCCUGCCUGCUGCUGACCGACCCGCGCAGCCAGCACUCGGUGCGGCUCCCUCACAAGCUGCCGGGCAUGCACUACAGCGCCGACGAGCAGUGCCAGAUCCUCUUCGGGACCAACGCCACGUUCUGUAAGAACAUGGAGCAUUUGAUGUGUGCUGGGCUGUGGUGCCUGGUGGAAGGAGACACAUCCUGUAAAACAAAGUUGGACCCCCCUCUGGAUGGCACCGAAUGUGGCGCAGACAAGUGGUGCCGAGCUGGGGAGUGUGUCAGCAAAACCCCCAUCCCUGAGCACGUGGACGGGGACUGGAGCGCGUGGAGCCCGUGGAGCAUGUGCAGCCGGAGCUGCGGCACCGGGGUGCGCUUCAGGCAGCGCAAAUGCGACAACCCCCCCCCUGGGCCGGGAGGGAAGAACUGCCGGGGGGCCAGCGUGGAGCACACGGUGUGUGAGAACCUGCCCUGCCCCAAAGGGGUGCCCAGCUUCAGGGACCAGCAGUGCCAGGCCCAUGACAGGUACAGCAACAAGAAGAAAAGCCUCCUGACAGCUGUCAUUGUGGAUGAUAAGCCGUGCGAGCUCUUCUGCUCCCCACUGGGCAAGGAUUCUCCCAUGCUGGUGGCAGACAGAGUCCUGGAUGGAACUCCCUGUGGGCCCUACGAGACAGACCUCUGUGUACAUGGCAAGUGCCAGAAAAUUGGCUGCGAUGGGAUCAUUGGCUCAGCUGCCAAAGAGGAUCGCUGUGGGAUCUGCAGUGGGGAUGGGAAAACCUGCAAAGUGGUGAAAGGAGACUUCAACCACACCAAGGGCAUGGUAACCAAUAGUCAUUGUAAGAAGGUUUCCACAUGUGUGAUGGCAAAGGCAAAGGCUGUUCCCAAGUGUUUCUCGUGUUACAUCGAAGCCGCUGUGAUCCCUGCAGGUGCCCGGCGGAUCAGAGUGGUUGAGGAUAAACCUGCUCACAGCUUUCUGGCUUUAAAAGAUUCCAGUAAGAGAUCCAUUAACAGCGACUGGAAAAUUGAGCUUCCUGGUGAGUUYCAGAUCGCAGGCACCACUGUCCGGUACGUGCGAAGGGGGCUGUGGGAGAAAAUCUCUGCCAAAGGACCAACUAAAAUACCACUGCACUUGAUGGUGCUGUUAUUCCAUGACCAGAAUUAUGGAAUUCAUUAUGAAUACACCAUCCCUGUAAACUAUACUGCUGAAAACAGAAGCGAGCCAGAAAAGCAACAGGAUUCCUUGUACAUCUGGACACACAGCGGAUGGGAAGGAUGCAGUGUGCAGUGUGGAGGAGGUGAGCGGAAAACCAUCGUGUCSUGCACUCGGAUCAUUAACAAGACCAUGACACUGGUGAAUGACAGUGACUGCCAGCGAGUGAGCCGCCCCGAGCCCCAGGUCAGGAAAUGUAACACACACCCCUGCCAGUCACGGUGGGUGACUGGCCACUGGAGUCCCUGCUCUGCCACGUGUGAGAAGGGUGUCCAGCACCGGGAGGUCACCUGUGUGUACCAGCUGCAGAAUGGCACCUAUGUCACCACCAGGGAUCUCUACUGCCUGGGCAGCAAACCAGCCACRGUGCAGAGCUGUGAGGGACGGGACUGCCUGUCCAUCUGGGAAGCAUCAGAGUGGUCAAAGUGCUCAGCAGACUGUGGCAGGGGAAUUCAGAAAAGAACAGURACGUGCACAAACUCCCAAGGCAAAUGUGAUGCAGCCACCAGGCCGAGAGAUGAGGAGGAGUGCGAGGAUCACACGGGCUGUUACGAGUGGAAAACGGGAGACUGGUCCAAGUGCUCCUCGACGUGCGGCAAGGGGCUGCAGUCCCGCGUGGUGCAGUGCAUGCACAAGGUGACCGGGCGCCACGGCAGCGAGUGCCCGGCCCUGGCCAAGCCAGCAGCCUACAGGCAGUGCCACCAGCAGGUCUGCAACGACAGGAUCAACGUCAACACCAUCACCUCGCCCAGGCUCGCUGCCCUCACGUACAAGUGCACAGGGGACCAGUGGACAGUGUACUGCCGGGUGAUCCGYGAGAAGAACCUGUGCCAGGACAUGCGCUGGUACCAGCGCUGCUGCCAGACCUGCAGAGACUUUUAUGCAAACAAGAUGCAGCAGAAGAGUUAAUGAACCUGUGCUACUCCUUAGAGUCUUGCAGCUGUUUGUAUGGAAAUCAYGGACUAGUAGGUCUGAGUACUGGAACUUCAUGAGUUGCUACAUUGUGGUGGAUCCCAAAGCAUACCUAAUGAGACUUGAAACUAAUUCUGCAGACUGGAUACCAAAGUAAUCCACUCAUCCACCWUAAAAAAAAAAAAAAACCACAGAGAAAGGGUCAUCUCAAGGAGCCAAUCAUUUCUGAGUAUUUUGACAUCCUCACAUUUUUCAUUAAUGCUUCUUACUUUAAUAUAUUAAAUCACCAGCCACUGGAUGGCUUGCUACCCUUAAAGAAAAGGACAAGAGUUGCAAAGUGAUUACAUUGGAUAAGAUAAUGGGUACCUCCGUGGAGGAAGGCCUCUGGCAAAAUAAUUCAUCAAAGGUAGAGACAUUACUUAAUCUUUUAAUCUUGGCUUUUAUCUGUUGUUUUCAGUUCCCAGCAGUUACCCCACUGCAGAGUGGGCUUGGAGGGACAUGCAUAAAUGAAAGGCUUAAUUUAAAGAGAGGAUUUUCUGUAAAAGCUUGUGAAAACUGAUAGCAGAGGAUGGACAUCUCUGAAUUUCCUACAGAAAACUCAGUAUAAUUAUAUCCAACAUUCCRAGUCAUAUUUUUAGAGCCACUAAUAGGGAGUGCUUUUCCUUCUAAUUUUGAAAAACAAUCCUCUCUGUAUUUUCCCCAGAAUAAUAUAGUUUCUUUUAUGAAACCUAAUUUUUCUCUGAGCCUAAUGAAAUGGAAGCUUAUUAACAGCCUUAGAUAGUUACUUUUAAACAAGAACCAUUUACAUGAGAUGGGAGAAGCCAGAAAUCAUUUCAUCCAGUAGAUCUCACUGAGGGAUUGCUUGGCCUAAGCYCCCUCCAAUUUUUAGAAGUCAAUCAGAUAAUGAGACUGUUGGUUCUUAUAAGAGGACUGUGAAACUGGAUAGGGUUGGAACAGAAACUGGAUUUGGAACAACCUUUAUGGAAAGGAUGUAGUGGGGAGCAGAACAGGUGUUUCCUAUCUCUGAGCUCUUUUACACAGCUGAGCUUAUGUAGCCUUUGGAGCCAGGAGUAGUGAGGGAUACAAGACAUUCAAAGUGUGACCUGGAGCUGCUGGAAGCCAUGGGCUCAGACUUCCUGCAUUCUGGAAGGGUUGGGAAUUUCCUUGCUGUAUUUGGAUGCUCCCUGUCUCUCUUUUGUGGUGC